UGAUUUAGUAACUGGAACUAAUUCCCUCGUUACUAUUCCAACGUUCCAGCCCAGCAACUGGAGAACAUUCCUGCUCGACUGUGCGAUCACUCGCCUUCUCGUGGACACGCUGGUCGUGUUUGUGUGGCGCGGAGUAUGGACGCUCAUGAAUGUGUACCUAGCGCCCGACAGCCCCACGCUCACGGCGUGGGCCUCACUCAUUCUCGGAGUCGGAAUUUGCUCGCUUUGCUGUGUCCUGCAACCGAUCGCAGCUUGCGUGUCGAAGCGACUCGAUUCGCGCUUGCUUCUGAAGUUGAUCUUCGAGGAUUUGUUUUACGCGGCGGCUGACUUCGGGGCGAUCAACCUGUGGAGGGGACCAUGGCUGCUGUGCAAUCUCUAUAUUCUGCCCCAGGACAUGUACGCGGCUAGCAACGCGCUCACGGCUGCUGUCGCUGUUGUGUUAAUGUUGCUCACUCGUGCGUUCUCCUCUCUUCCGGUGCGAGGACACCCGCUAGAUGGCAGCCUCGUCGAUGGAGAGGGUGCAUGGUUACCGAAUGGAUACUUUCGAGUGCUCCUGCACAGAGAAACUCCAAAUGAGCUUGACCUUGCCUCUCCGAUGCCAUACGGCGGUAAAUGUAACGAUAUUAAGCUGAUAUCAAUUACGAAAUUGAUGGAUGACGUAGCUGGCCAAAGUGAGAGCGCACAAUAGAAGGCGCUGUAGCACACAGGCACUUGGAGAGUUUCAAUAAAAUAUAAUGCUAUAUA